UUCCUCUUCCCCAUCCUUCAACGGGCGAGGUUUUUUGAAAGCAUCCUCUCCUCUCCAUCAAUAACUGCCCCGACACCCAACGGAAGCCGCAGAGAGAGAAGGGGGAUAAAAAGCUUGCUCUUUUACACCCUCCUAGGGUUCCGAGCCACCGUUCCCUCACUCGCUUCGCGCCAUCUCCCGCCAGGCAGCCCUCCUAUCGAUUCACCCUCCCAACCCCCGAUUCGGUCCCCCAAUCGCUCGAUCUGGGAUGUGCUAGAUUCGUUGUCGUGGUGAUGAAGGGGUGUUUGUGGCGGUAGAUGAGGGCCAUGGCGGAGGUUGAGCACGAGGGCUGCGUGGAGAACCGGCAGCCUCUUGCGGCGUCGAGCUCGUCGGUGUCGGACGGGAGCAGCUAUGGCGUUGGGCUCGCGCGGAUGUCCCCACCGGUGUCUAGCUCGGUGAAUUCCAUCUCCGGUCUUAGGCGAACAAGUGGGCCCAUAAGGAGAGCUAAGGGUGGCUGGACACCGCAAGAGGAUGAAACAUUGCGGAAGGCAGUUCAAGCAUUCAAGGGUAGAAGCUGGAAGAAAAUAGCUGAGUUCUUUCCGGAUAGGACGGAAGUACAAUGUUUGCAUCGAUGGCAAAAGGUUCUUAAUCCUGAACUUAUCAAAGGUCCUUGGACUCAAGAGGAAGAUGAUAAAAUUAUUGCACUUGUAAAGGAGUAUGGGCCAACAAAAUGGUCUGUAAUAGCAAGGUCACUACCUGGACGUAUAGGCAAACAAUGUCGAGAGAGGUGGCAUAAUCAUCUGAAUCCAGACAUAAAGAAAGAUGCUUGGACUGCUGAGGAGGAACGGGCACUCAUUAAUGCUCAUCAGACAUAUGGGAAUAAAUGGGCAGAAAUAGCAAAAGUCCUUCCUGGAAGGACUGAUAAUUCUAUAAAGAAUCAUUGGAAUAGUUCUGUGAGAAAGAAGUUAGACGUCUAUAGCACCAGCAAGAUUCUGGCGGUUCCAAGACUAGUUGGUCAUAAUGACUUUAAGGAUAAACCGAAGCCGGUGGCAAAUGAGGGCCAUCUCGAUCUGAACAAAGUGGCCAUCGUCAGUUCAAAAGACAUACCUGAAACAGCUCAGCGUUCUAAUCUUAACCAUGUCAACGACUGCUCAGGGUUCCUCUCCCUUUCUAUUUUACCAACUGAUCAGCCACUAACUUCAUAUGAAGUGUCAUCAGUGGUUGAUGGUUCUGCUGUUACAUUAGCAGUACAAGGUCUGGAAAGUGAUUCUGUCCGUGAAAAGGGCUUGGAAAUUCUCUCUGUUCAUGAGAAGGGACUUGAGGCUGAUUCCACACUAGAUACCCUGGCAGAGUCUGGUACCACUCAGCUAGAAUCUGUACCAGCCAAAGGUGAGGAACCAUCUUUGAAGAAUGAGGCGCAGUCUAGCCUUGGCCCUCUUUGUUACCAGAUUCCUAACAUGGAAGAUGUAGCCCCUGUGACUUCCCCACUCUUUUCUGAACAUCAUACUAUGCAUCAGACAUCUGAACAUUGCAGGGAUGUGGUACUGUCACCCAAUGGUUGUACUACUCCCGCUAAGGGAACAAUAUCAAGCCAGUUAAGUGUUGAUUCAAUAUUGAAGAGUGCUGCUGACAGCUUUCCAAGUACUCCUUCAAUCUUGAGACGGAGAAAACGGGAUAAAUCAACACCUGCCAGCGAUUUGAGGUUUGGUGGAUUGAACACUGAUAGCUUUUACACCCCUGCUGGGAAGCGACCUACUACAGAUACCCCAGAGUCAUUUAAAACUGCAUCAUUUUUGUCACUGGGAUCUCUUGAUCAGUUAUCGGCUUCUGUAAGGAGCUUUGAUGUUUCACCUCCAUACCGGAUAAGGUCAAAGAGAACGGCUGUCACAAGAACAGUUGAGAAGCAACUAGAUUUUUCAGCAGAUGAAUUGGGUACUUGUGGUUCUAAGAUUCUAGACUCCCCUUGCCAGAAUUCUCUAAACACUAAUUCUUUCACUGAUGCUCCAAUGAUGGAAGGAAACAAAACUUAAUUGACAUGCUAUUGAGCCGGAAUCUUUAACCAAGAACAUGGCAUGUAUGACCAAUUUGGGUGUAACUAAUCCUGUAAUGUGCAGGAGCUAAUGUCUAUCUGAUGAAGUAUGACAGUUGAUAAGAAUGCCUUCAAAGCUCACUGACGAGCUCGACUCUGAUGAGAACUGAUAUCAAACACAACUCUUGGAGGAAAAAGACUUGCGCAAUUGGAUCGAAGCACUGAAGAGAAAAGGGCUAUCAAUGCGUUGCCCUUAACCAGGAUGUACAAACACGGCCUCUAAAUUUAUUGACACCUAUAGAAGACCAUUUUGCUUGUUGCAGUUUGUGUACUCGCAGAUAGGGAGUCAGACUGUAGAAGCCCACCAAAACUGUGUAGAAAGAUAAAACAUAGCGUUAAUAGAAACUCAUAGCUGAAUAAAGUGUUCUCAUUGGAAGGGAUGUCAGGUCUAUUCUUCUCUGUAAUAACAAAGCUUUGUUUUACUGGCCAAAAUCUGGCCAUUGUUUGUCAAGAAACUUUAUAUGACAAGCAUCAGGCUUGAUCUGACGAUUGA